AUGCUGUGGACACUGGGGGCCGCGCUUCUCCGCCAGCUGAUUGCAUUCUUCAAUACCGCCAAUGCGAGCAUCAAGUUCACGUAUCAAUCUUCGGAGGAAACUGGGUCGGUUGACUUUAUGGACACGACUAUUCAUGUCUCCUCCGAGGGCGCAAUAUCAUUCGAGCUGUUCCGCAAAGCUUGCCACAGUGGCCUCGUCUCAGACUUCAACUCGUGCGUUCCGCAACAGCAAAAACUCGCCAUCGCGUCUUCGGAAUUCCUCCGCGCGGCCCGCCUUUCCUCUGAUCCUGCAGCCCGCCAGCGAAGUGAGCAAAAGGUUAUUGACACAUUAAAAUUCAACAACUUUCCUGACAAAGUGAUCGCGACUGCUCAUGAACGAGCCAGACGACCUGCUAAACAAAAGAAAGACUAUCGAUCCACGUUGAAGUUACCAUUCAAAACGGAUGCCAUCCACUACAGGGUCCACCGUCUUCUAAACAAAUACAAUCUAAAUGUACAGAUAAUCUACAAGAAUGCAAGGCUUUCCAACAGCGUCACUAAGUCCAGCCUCACUGGACCUUGCUGCCGUAAGUGGGUGGAUCCCGCUGCCCCGAGGCGACGAGGAAGGCCUAAAGCCGCCUGCGUUGCAUGCCAAUCGAGCGAGGUAGAAUGCACAAGACGCAACGUGGUUUAUCGUCUGACCUGCAAGUGCUCGGAGAAGUAUGUUGGAGAGACUGGCCGCAGUGUAGCAACGCGAACAAAAGAACACAAUGAUAACUCACGCAACAAGACGUCUGGAAAAGCCCUGGGCGAGCACUACCGACUUCACCAUGGCGACGAGGUACUGCCGCUUGGCGAGUCGGCAUUCACAGAGGUUCGCGUCCUUGCCACUGAGUCGGAUCGGGCCAGGAGGAGAAUACGCGAAGCAAUACAAAUUCGCGACACGAGCCCCAGCAUAAACAAUAACGCAGGGUGGGACCUCCUGUGA